CACUAGGCUUCAGUCUGGAAGCAGAUUUGCAUAGAAUAACCAGGACUGUGCUCUACUGUCUGGUUUUGGAUUUUCUCCCUUUAGUUUGCACUUUACUAACUUCCCUCUCCUCUCCAACCUCUGUUUGAUAUAAACCCACCUCCUGACUCCUACUGUGUGUAUUGGUCUGUCUUUUGACAGUUCCCACAGAUGGAGUUUAUAGCAAUACACACUAAAACAAGCAUAUUUUUCCUUCUGAGGGAGAGACCUACAGACACUGAGCUGUCAGCAUGCCAACUAGCUCUGUUGAGUCAGUUAGUUGAUUAAUUUAGACGGAAGUGAGAAAGUAUAGAAGCCAUGGCAGGGUAACAAAGAUGAUGAAUGGCUGAUUCAUCCACUGAUGCAGUGACACAACUAAAGUUACCACAUUGGUGUGGUAUGAUGUCGCAGUACGUCUCUGGUGUUGACCAAAUGCAACUCCAUGCUUUCUAGAAGAUUCUGUGUGAUACAACAAGUAAAAACACAAAAUAACGUGGCAAAGGUCUCCCACUGAAGUUGGUAUUUUUCAUGCACAUUAAGCAUUGAGCUCAUACACAGCUGGUACAACUAAUGUUGAUUGGUACAACUGAUGCUGUCUGUGUGGGGUGCAUGGGUUGUUUAUUUCUAUGUUGAAUGUAUGGUAGCCGUGAGUUGAACAGAAAAUACUAUUGCACAUUUACAGUGCACUUAGAAACCCACCUUUUUAUUCCUAUGCAGCUUUUAACUGCAUCCAUUUUGUCUGUGUUUUCAGCUCUAUAAAGUGCAACAUUCAGAUGUGUCUCUGGGUAACAGAGAGCGAGAUGAACAUUAUUCAGGUCUUGGGAGUAAAGGCUAAGCAGACUAAUUUCUUUGUUAGAUGUUUUAGCAAGGUUAACCACAUGAAGGGGGUGGGAGAUGAAGGAGGACGAGAGAAAGAAAAAUCGAGAACUUGUGGGCAAGUGGAAGUGCAACAUCAAAUGUCAAGGUGUUUGGUAGAGGCAGGUGAUGCAUCGACACAAAAUAUACUUCUGACGGAACAGAGAAAGACUGUUGCUGACGUACGGAAUCUGUUAGAAUGUCAGAGGACAGGUCUGUAGGCACAAGGUUACAACAUGAAGAGAUCUGUGUAGUUUGUUAGGCUGACAACAUGAAGAGAUCUGUGUAGUUUCUGUUAGGCUGAUAACAUGAAGAGAUCUGUGGAGUUUCUGUUAGGCUGACAACAUGAAGAGAUCUGUGUAGUUUCUGUUAGGCUGACAACAUGAAGAGAUCUGUGGAGUUUCUGUUAGGCUGACAACAUGAAGAGAUCUGUGGAGUUUCUGUUAGGCUGAUAACAUUAAGAGAUCUGUGUAGUUUCUGUUAGGCUGACAACAUGAAGAGAUCUGUGGAGUUUCUGUUAGGCUGACAACAUGAAGAGAUCUGUGUAGUUUCUGUUAGGCUGAUAACAACUUUUGGGUGAACUAUCCCUUUAAAUGUUAGUUGAGGAAGGAUAUAAUCACUAUUUUUUUCCAGAAUAACUUUUUCAAAUAGUUUAAGGUUCUUUUUUCCAUAUAUUUCAUGUUGAUAUAUUGGAUUUCAUCUUAAUCCGUACGCAGUUGGCACACACUAAACAUUUUGUACACUAUGUUUCUGUGGUGUCCUCUCUAGUCUGGGAUGAUAUGAGGGUGGUCUGUAGAUCAGGAUAAGAAGAAUGACUCACAGGUGAGGAUCUUUUCUCCACCGCAUGGAUCUAUUAGGGACCCACUGGGGUUAUAGAUCUAUUUUAUACGAGCUCUCUGGUGGUUUCCAGGACACAGAUUAAGCGUCGUCCUGGACGAACAGGCAUUUAAAAUUGUAUAUGCUUUUUAGUCCGGGACUAGACUUAAUAUGUGUCCGGAAAACCUCCCCUGUAUGCUGUAAAAGCAUAUUAUGAAGCCUCAAACUAUCUUUGUGUCAAUAUCUCUAGAGGUGUGAGUGGCACGGUGAGGACAGAGAAUGGAGGCCCCUGACUCUGCUGGACAGGUUGCGACGGUGUCAGGACACCUGGGCCACUGGGAUAGAGACGAGGCCCAUGCUGCCCUCUGGGGCCGGCCAGCUAGGGUGACCUCUGUCUUUACAUAGGUCACUGUCCGUCCAAAAUGGCUCCCUAUUACCUUAUAUAAGUGCAUUACUUUUCACCAGGGCCCAUAGGCUCUACUACCCAUAGGGCUCUGGUCAAAAGUAGUGCGCUAUGUAGGGAAAUGGGUGUCAUUUAGGACAGACACACUGUGUAGGCCCAUGACACUAUCUACUGUCUGACCUCAUGGUUGACCUCUCUGCAUCCAGGCCACCUUGGUACAUUAGGUUAGCAUGUGGACAGGCUGCGAUUUUACAGGUGAAUUUGGAUGCAGACACUUACAGUAUGUCGAGUUACUCUUGUAGUUCCUUUUUCUUUGCACGAAGGGAAAUGAAUGCAGAAGUACUGCAUGUGUGAAAUAGUAAGAGAGAGUGUGAAAUAGUAAGAGAGAAGAGUGUUACAGAUGGACUGAAAGAAAGCGGAACGGACUGAGUAGCGGUGUAGAAGUUGAUCGAUGCAGAAAAUACAUUUGGUUUGCUAAAGAACCCCAGCUAUCUUAAAGACCCUGUUUUAACAAGAUCAGCCACUGAGACAAAGCUUCCUGGUGUUGAGGGACUCUGCCUCCCAGCCCGUCCUGCUGUGUGUCCACUGGAGGAGAGAGUGGACAUAUCAGAGACAACCCCAUACAGACAGGACACACACACACUUUAUCAGCCAUCUCAGUCAUAUUUAGGCAUCUCUGAUCUGGCUCAGUUAGUGGUCUUCUACUCGCUGAGCAGUGUGUCUGUUCAUCCCUCUGUGGCUCUACAGUGUAACAGAUCAGCUACAGUCCAGCAGUCUGUCCCAGCUGGGUCCAAGUCUGAAUUCACCCUCGUCGUCUCUCCUCUUCCUCGCCCACGCUCUCUUCCACUUAUCAUCUUCCUUUCACUCCUCCUUUCCUCCCUUUGUUUUUGUGUAUCUGUUUGUGUGUAGAGUCCUGGCUGUGUCUCACCUCUGACCUCCAGCCUGAUCACAUGACUCAGAGGGCUCCUGGUACUGCCAUGUGCACCAUACAGCUGACAGCAGCCAACGGUGCUCUGUCCAUCAUCAACCCACUAUAUCUCCAUGAGCAUGGCGAUGACUGGCUGACGCAUCAACCAACCAGCCCACAGCGAGUUAAUCGGCCAUCCAAUUAUAAGCGUGAGAGACGACUGAGUGCCAUACCUUGGCCAGGGGCGGAUCUUCUUACUAAGAGAUCUAUCUCAUUGGAGCAGGAGCCCUGCAACUCGAGUCCUAAUAAUCCAGGGUCUCCUGUAGUCCAGGCUGCCCCGUCUCCCCCCACCCCUAAAGAGGGGGUGGUUUUGAGGAGCCCCAGUAGGGAUGCUUCCAUUGAGUCACUCCACAGAACAGGGAGCCAGGACCGCACUACCAUGCCCCCCUCAGACCCCAAGCCCCUGUUCAGCCCUGCCCCUCAGUCGCCUCAGAGGGUGUCCUGGAUUGAGGACAAUGUAUGGCUUUCCCAACCACCAUCCCUCUCCCUCCUCCACCCACCCUCCCCGGAGCUAGACUCGCUGUCAAUCAACAGCGUCCAGGAGGAGCCGGAGUCGGUCACUAAUCCCUCCCACUCCCCCCACCCCUCGCAUCGGUUGGCCGACAAGGUGAUGCACCGCCUCUCGGUUGUUGGCCUCGCCAUUGGUGGGCUGGGGCGUUCACAGAAGAGGCUGACCAAGCGGGUGCAGGAGCUCAGCAAGCGGAGGGACGGAGUGUUUUCCAAGGCAGUGAUGGGAUUCGUUGAGAUGACCCUGGGGGCUGGGUUUAUCCCUGACAUGACAGGUGCGGACCUGCUUCAGGAGGUGCGUACGGCUCUCACUGCCCUGAGAGAGACGCUGCUGGACUGUCCUGAGAUACACAUCUUCAUAGACAGUAUGGCCGACACAACAGACUGGGAGCUGGAUGCCAUACUGGAGCACUCCCUACAUAAGGUGGCCCUAAAGCCUGUGAACACCCACCUGUACACCUGCCUCCAGAGCUGUCGGGACCACGACGGUAGCCUGCGGAAGCUGAGGGAGAACCAGCGGCUCCUGGAGGGCCGGGGGGUGGAGGAGCUGGAAGGGACGCCUGGGGCGGGGGUCCCUGACCCUGUCACCCUAGAGAAGAUCCAGCAGAGGUGGUCAGCCAUGCACCAGUCCUACUCCCCCAGCAGGAAGGUCCAUAUCCUGCUCAAGGUCUGCAAGACCAUCUACCACAGCAUGACGGCCAAUGCCAACCCAGGUGUGGUGUAUGGGGCUGAUGACUUCUUGCCCUGUCUGACCUGGGUGCUUCUGCGUGGUGAUGUGGUCACUCUGCAGCUGGACACUGACUACAUGAUGGAGCUACUGGACCCCACACAGCUGCAGGGAGAGGGAGGUUACUACUUGACGUCCCUGUACGCCUCUCUCUUCUACAUCAGCAGCUUCUGCCCUCGUCUCGCCACGCGCCAGCUCAGCACCGAGGCCCAACAAUCCCUGAGCCAAUGGCAACGCAGGCGCACUCUGCACUGCAACCAAUCACGACGCAGCACGAAUCGGAGGACCCUCCGGAGACCUGGGCACGGCGAGAAGGGCAAGGAAUACUCCAGUGAUGCAGAGCCGGAAACUGGCACAGGAAGUGUAACUGAUGACCCACCAGCGCCCUCUAGUGUUCUGGCAAAGGCACUACACAUAAUCUCAGAGGUUGUGGUAGCGGUGAGGGAGGAGGAGGGCAGCAGAGUGGAGGGCCAAGGACCCCCAGCUGUACAACUCCAGGCCUCACCUCAGAAGGGGAGACAGGACUCAGGUUAGUCUCCGCAGCGUCCGUGAGGCACUCCAUAGAUGCUACCCUCCACAGCAUGGCCUUCGCUCCAGAUCAAAACUCCAAACCUACAACCUAAUUAUGGCCAAAAUUAACCGGAUAGAUUACUGCUACCAAGGUUUCCUGUUUCCAAGCUAUACAGAGGGUGCUCUAGCAAACAAACAGCAGAGACCUGAGGACACCAUCCAACCUGGAACUGGGUGAGUAGUGUUUGGUCUGAUGCUAUUUUGAAUGCCAAGAAGAAAAAGAAAGUACAUUACAGUGAUAUAUUUUAUUUUAUGGGUACUGAUAGCUGAGUUAAGGCUCCCAGGCUUGCUAGGACAGACCAGAUAUAACUUCAAUUAGCACUAAGGUGUGAAGGCAAAGGUGUCGAGGCCUUUGGGCCCAACAAGUUGCAGGAGUCUUUGAAGCAUCCUCUGAAGCCACCUCCUGCUGUUCAGAGACCAGUGAGAUCACUGGGAUUUUCUACAAGAAAUCUGCCUCCAGAAAUAAAAGUUUCUCCCAAGUGGGUGUGACACCUAUUCCUGUUGCCUGCUGCACUGCUGCUUGGAUUCCACCUGGAGAUCUGUUCACCGUCUGCCCUGGCCUGUCUCCCCCUGCCUGGGACAGGUACCCCCACCACACUCCCCCCUCUCCCCCUGUCUGGUACAGGUACCCCCACCCCACUCCCCCCUCUCUCCCGAGCUUUCGCUCACCUCCAGCACUCACGCACUGUUGGGGCGAGUGGCUCUGAACUUACAAUGGCUAAACCCAAGUCGUUAUAUAUUUUAUUAUUUUCUUGUCCAUUUUGCUAUUUUGCUUUUUGACUCAUGACUCCUGCAUACUUUGUUGACUACAAACUUUCUUUACCCAACCGUGGGACAGACUAUGCUUGUACCCACACUCGGGACUCUGACUCUCUAUUGGUUACACAGUCUUUUGGCCUCCCAUCCUAUUCUAACCCCCUCUCGCUGGCUUUGUAUUCAUGUCACCUGAUGAAUUUGCUGUAUAAUAUGUCUUGUUGCCAUCUAAUGCACAUUGAUGUCAUAAAUCAGCACUGCAGAGCCUCUCCCUGUCCUCUGCCGUGCCUUGAUUGUAUAACUAUUGAUGAUAUCUGGAAAUGUGCAUGUACACCCUGGCCCAUCUACUGUUUCAGGCCCCAAUUCUGAUUUGUGCUCCGAUAUCUGUUUCACGGAUAUCUGCUCUCGUAAAAGCCUGUGUUUUCUGCACGUUAACUCUAGAAGCUUAUUACCUAAAAUGAAAGCGUGGGUUCACAUCUCCAAUCCAGAUGUGUUGGUCAUUACUAACACGGGGUUAAGGAAGAGUGUUUUGAAUACUGAAUACUAACCUUUCUGGUUAUAAGCUUUUUCGGCAGAUCUUCCAAAGGGGAGUGGCAAUCUUUACCAAGGAACAUCUUCAGUGCUUGGUGGUCUCCACCACGUCUGUCCCGAAACGAUUUGAUUUGCUGGUUUUAAUCAUUAAACUUUAAACACCCAGAAAAGGCUACUCUCCUCAAUGUUAUCCUCACAAAUAAUCCUGAUGGGUAUCAGUCUGGUGUUUUCUGUAAUGACCUGAGUGAUCACUGUUUUGCAGCCUGUGUUCGUAAUGGCUGCUCAGUGAAACGACCUGUCCUGAUUUGUCAUAGAUGCUUGCUAGAAAACUUUAAUGAGCAAGACUUCCUUCAUGAACUGGCCUCUGUAACAUGGUAUAGAAUCAGCUCUGUCGAAGAUGCUUGGACCUUCUUUUUUGAUAACAAACACGCCCCCGUAAAGAAAAUGGGAAUUAAAAACAGGUUCAGCCCCUGGUUCGACCGUGAUCUGGCAGAGUUACUCCACCUCAAGAAUUGGCAUUUGGCACACGCUUACUCAGGCUGACUGGCUCUCGUUCAGGCAAAUGACAAAUAAGUGUACUUGGGCUACCCGGAAUGCCAAAGUUAGUUACUUUAAGGAGCAGUUCUCUCUCUGUGGGUCUAACCCCAAGAAGAUCUGGAAAACUGUUAAAGACCUGGAGAAUAAAUCAUUCUCCUCCACAGCUGCCCAUGUCCCUUAAUGUUGAUGAUGUUGUUGUUACUGACAGGAUGGCUGAGCUCUUAAAUCACCACUUAAUUAAGUCAGGAUUCCUAUUUGACUCAGCCAUGCCUCCUUGCCCGUCCAACAUUUCCUCAUCUCCCACACCUUCUAAUGCGACUAUCCAUGAUGCUCCUCUUCUCCCUCUUUUUCCCCUGCCCCGCCACAUAGUUUCUCCCUGCAGGCAGUCACUGAGUCUGAGGUACUAAAGGAGCUCCUGAAACUUGACCCCAAAAAACAUCUGGUUCAGAUGGUUUAGACCCAUUCUUCUUUAAGGUUGCUGCCCAUAUCAUCUCCAAGCCUAUCUCUGACCUUUUUAACCCGUCUCUCCUUUCUGGGGAGGUUCCCAUUGCUUGGAAGGCAGCCACGGUUCAUCCUUUAUUUAAAGGGGAGAUCAAGCUGAUCCUAGCUGUUAUAGGCCUAUUUCUAUUUUGCCCUGUUUAUCAAAAGUGUCGGAAGAACUUGUCAAUAAUCAACUGACUUGCUUUCUAGAUGUCUGUAGUAUUCUCUCAGGUAUGCAAUAUGGUUUCCGCUCAGGUUAUGGAUGUGUCACUGCAACCUUAAAUGUCCCCAAUGAUGUCACCAUUGCCCUUGAUUCUAAGCAAUAUUUCGCUGCUAUUUUUAUUGACUUGGCCAAAGCUUUUGAUACGGUAGACCAUUCCAUUCUUGUGGGCCGGCUAAGGAGUAUUGGUGUCUCUGAGGGGUCUUUGGGCUGGUUUGCUAACUACCUCUCACAAAGAGUGCAGUGUAUAAAGUCAGAAAAUCUGCUGUCUCAGCCACUGCCUGUCACCAAGGGAGUACCCCAAGUCUCGAUCCUACGUCACACACUCUUAUCAAUUUACAUCAACAACAUAGCUCAGGCAGUAGGAAGCUCUCUCAUCCAUUUAAAUGCAAAAUGAUACAGUCUUAUACUCAGCUGGCCCAUCCCCGGAUUUUGUGUUAAAUGCUCUACAACAAAGCUUUCUUAGUGUCCAACAAGCUUUCUCUACCCUUAACCUUGUUCUGAACACCUCCAAAACAAAGGCCAUGUGGUUUGGUAAGAAGAAUGCCCCUCUUCCCACAGGUGUGAUUACUACCUCUGAGGGUUUAGAGGUAGUCUGGACAAAUACUUGGGAGUAUGGCUAGAUGGUACACUGUCCUUCUCUCAGCACAUAUCAAAGCUGCAGACUAAAGUUAAAUCUAGACUUAGUUCCCUCUAUCGUAAUCGGUCCUCUUUCACCCCAGCUGCCAAACUAACCCUGAUUCAGAUACAUUUUACAUUUAAGUCAUUUAGCAGACGCUCUUAUCCAGAGCGACUUACAAAUUGGUGCAUUCACCUUAUGGCAUCCAGUAGAAUAGUCACUUUACAAUAGUGCAUCUAAAU